CCGGCAUGCUUUGCGGGGAAAGUAUCGGCUUCCGUUUAGAAGCCGGCAACGUGUGUGACAGAGUUGAAUCGUGCGGGUGUGAGCGGCCUGUGCUGCGGAGAACGUCACAUCAUGACGGAGCGUAAGGGAACAGCUAAGGUUGACUUCCUGAAGAAGAUUGAGAAGGAUAUCCAAGCACAAUGGCAGAGUCAGAAGGUUUUUGAAGUCAAUGCUUCUGAUAUUAAGAACAGCCGGGGCAAGUACCUUGUGACCUUUCCUUACCCCUACAUGAAUGGGCGUCUUCACCUGGGCCAUACGUUCUCCCUGUCUAAAUGUGAGUUUUCUGUAGGCUUCCAGAGGAUGAAGGGCAAGGUAUGUCUGUUCCCCUUUGGACUGCACUGUACUGGCAUGCCCAUCAAAGCAUGUGCCGAUAAGCUGAAGAGAGAAAUGGAGUUGUAUGGCUGCCCACCUCAGUUUCCUGAGGAGGAGGAAGAGGAUGAAGAGCCAUCGUCUAAGAUAGAGGAGGAGCUGGUUAUCAAGGACAAAGCGAAAGGGAAAAAGAGUAAAGCGGCAGCAAAGAGUGGCUCAUCAAAAUACCAGUGGGCGAUAAUGAAGUCCCUAGGCCUUUCAGAUGAAGAGAUAGUCCAAUUUUGUGAGGCUGAACAUUGGCUUGGCUAUUUCCCCCCUUUAGCAAUAGAAGAUCUCAAGGGAAUGGGGUUGAAGGUUGACUGGCGUCGUUCCUUCAUUACCACUGAUGUCAAUCCAUAUUACGAUUCCUUUGUAAAAUGGCAAUUCUUAACUUUGAGAGAGAGGAACAAGAUCAAGUUUGGCAAACGGUACACCAUCUAUUCUCCACGAGAUGGUCAGCCAUGCAUGGAUCAUGAUAGACAGACUGGAGAGGGUGUAGGACCACAAGAAUACACACUCGUCAAAAUGAAGGUUCUGGAACCAUAUCCAGCUAAAUUGAGUGGUCUGAAAGGACGAAAUAUUUUCCUGGUAGCUGCCACUUUGCGCCCAGAAACCAUGUUUGGACAGACCAACUGCUGGCUUCGACCUGACAUGCCUUACAUCGCAUUUGAGACAGCCAAUGGUGAUAUUUUUGUCUCCACUCAAAGAGCGGCCAGGAACAUGGCAUACCAAGGUUUUACAAAAGACAAUGGUGUUGUACCAGUUGUCAAGGAGCUCAUGGGAGAGGACCUUCUCGGAGCUGCGUUGUCUGCACCAUUGACUUCCUACAAAGUAAUAUAUGCCCUCCCAAUGCUCACCAUUAAGGAGGAAAAAGGCACUGGGGUGGUUACCAGCGUCCCUUCUGAUUCUCCAGAUGACAUUGCAGCAUUACGAGACCUGAAGAAAAAACCAGCUCUGCGAACCAAGUAUGGGAUUAGAGAUGAGAUGGUUUUGCCGUUUGAGCCUGUACCCAUCAUUGACAUCCCUGGCUAUGGAAGUCUCUCUGCUCCCUUGGUCUGUGAUGAGCUGAAAAUUCAGAGCCAAAAUGACCGGGAAAAGUUAGCAGAAGCAAAAGAAAAAGUGUAUUUAAAAGGAUUCUAUGAGGGAGUAAUGCUAGUUCCUGGGUAUGAAGGCAAGAAGGUACAAGAUGUCAAAAAGACCAUCCAGAAGAUGAUGAUCGAUGAUAAUGGAGCGAUGAUUUACAUGGAGCCAGAAAAGCAGGUUAUUUCCCGUUCAGCCGAUGAAUGUGUGGUUGCGCUGUGUGACCAAUGGUACCUGGAUUAUGGAGAAGAGAGCUGGAAGAAAGAGACUUCAGAGUGCCUGAAGAACUUGGAAACGUUUUGUGAAGAGACCCGAAAAAACUUUGAAGCCUCUUUGGGUUGGCUGCAAGAACAUGCAUGCUCCAGAACUUAUGGAUUGGGAUCUCGCUUGCCUUGGGAUGAGCAGUGGUUAAUUGAGUCUCUGUCUGACUCUACGAUUUACAUGGCCUACUACACGGUUUGUCAUCUUCUGCAGGGGAAUGAUCUUAGCGGAAAAGGAGUCUCUCCCAUAGAUAUCAGGCCAGAACAAAUGACCAAGGAAGUGUGGGACUACAUAUUUUUUAAGAAGGCACCAUUUCCAAAAACAACCAUCCCUAAAGAGAAACUGGAGGUAUUAAAGAAGGAGUUUGAGUUUUGGUAUCCGGUUGAUUUGAGAGCGUCUGGAAAAGACCUUGUCCCAAAUCACUUGUCUUAUUACCUGUACAACCAUGUGGCUAUGUGGCCUGAAGAUAGUGGGAAAUGGCCAGUGGCUGUGAGGGCGAACGGACACUUGCUUCUGAAUUCGGAAAAGAUGUCUAAGUCAACCGGAAACUUCCUUACACUGAAAGAAGCUAUUGGCAAGUUCUCAGCCGACGGCAUGCGGCUUGCACUGGCUGAUGCUGGAGACACUGUGGAAGAUGCUAACUUUGUGGAAGCCAUGGCUGAUGCAGGCAUUCUUCGUUUGUACACCUGGGUAGAAUGGGUUAAAGAAAUGCUGGCCAACUUUGAUAGCCUUAGAAGUGGCACCAACCAUACGUAUAAUGACCGGGUAUUUGAAAGUGAGAUGAAUGCUGGAAUCCUGAAAACGGAACAGAACUAUGAAAAAAUGAUGUUCAAGGAAGCUUUAAAAACUGGGUUCUUUGAGUUUCAGGCCGUCAAGGAUAAAUACAGAGAACUAGCAAUUGAAGGCAUGCAUCAAGCCCUGGUUUUCCGCUUUAUUGAAACCCAGACGUUGCUGCUGGCUCCUAUCUGCCCUCACUUGUGUGAAUAUGUGUGGUCACUGCUAGGAAAGCAGGGUUCUCUUAUGGAUGCCACGUGGCCAGUUGCCGGCCCAACAGAUGAAGUCCUGAUCCGCUCCUCACAAUACCUAUCAGAAACUGCUCAUGACCUUCGAAUACGACUCAAGAAUUACAUGGCUCCAGCUAAGGGAAAGAAAGGGGACAAACUGCCACCGCAGAAGCCAUCACAUUGUACCAUCUAUGUGGCCAAGACAUAUCCGCCAUGGCAGCACAUUACUUUAUCAACUCUUCGCAAGCAUUAUGAGGCAAAUGGUGGCCACCUGCCAGAUAAUAAAAUCAUAGCCACUGAAUUAAAUGGUUUACCUGAGCUGAAGAAAUACAUGAAGCGGGUCAUGCCGUUUGUCGCUAUGAUUAAGGAGAAUCUCGAGAAGAAAGGACCUCGUAUUCUGGACCUUGAGCUGGAAUUCGAUGAGCGGACUGUUCUUCUGGAAAACCUGGUCUAUCUCACCAACUCCCUUGAGUUGGAUCAGAUUGAUGUCAACUUUGCAUCAGAAGCAGAUGAUAAAAUUAAGGAAGAAUGUUGCCCUGGGAAACCAUUUUCGGUAUUUAGAACAGAGCCUGGAGUACCCGUGUUCUUGGUGAACCCACAGCCGUCAAAUGGUCACUUCUCUACAAAGAUUGAAAUCCGGCAAGGAGACAGCCGAGAUUCAGUAAUAAGACGUUUAAUGAAGUCUGAUCGCGGGAUCAAAGAUGUUACAAAGGUGAAACUUAUGCGAUAUGACGACCCAGUUUUGGGACCUAGACGUGUUCCAGUUCUUGGAAAAGAAGAUUCAGGCAAAACAUUGAUCUCCCAGCAAGCUGCCUUUUACAUUGACCUUAAGGAGAAGAAAGUACAUAUUGCAGACAAUGGCCUAAAGAUAGAUCUUGGUGAUACCUUGGUGUAUGUGGUGGAUUAAAUAGCAACCUACGUGGCCUCAAGAAUCUGUAAACACUAGCUAUUGGGGAAAAAAAGGGUAGUCAAGGACGUUUAGACUCCUGUUCAUAUAUACUUGUCUCACACGAUAUCAUAGUAUAAAUGGUUGUACUGUAUAGUCUAUCUACAGUAUUAAAAACCACUAGUCUUAGGGCUGCAUGCAGUCCAGUAAGCAAGGCUCUACUACAUGGCCACAACCCAACAGCCACAUCAAGGAUGUAGUAUGCAGCGUUCUUCUGGAAAUCAACCCAGAAGCAUGGUGAGAUUUAUCAGUCCCUCUGAUAAUGCUAAAAAUGUUUGCCGUUUUAUCAGCAGCACCCAUGUAGCUUCAGCUUUACAGAUACUAUUUGGUUCCAUAAAGGCUAGCCCGGUCACCGGUAGUUUUUCUGCUUGUACAGAAGUUACUGGAUAUUUUAAAGCCAUUUGCAGAUUUGUUUCAUCUUAUAUAUUGGUCUGUUGGUUAGGUUCUUGUAACUAUUUAAAAUAAAACCAGCUCCUCUAUUA